AUGGACAGCGUGACGGGAUGGUCUGCAAAAAUGUUUGACGAAAGAACCUCUCCUCUAAUGCCAGACGUAGUAUUUGUCAAUGUUGGGUUGGAGCCCCAAGUCCAAACCGGACCAUUGUCACGCAAGCCCAGAAAGGCCUUGGGGUUGGGACCCAAUGUUAGGAGGCUCAUCGAGCGAUACGAGUGGCUGCUUUUAGGAGCCUGGGGCAAUGGCAUUACUACCUGCUACCAGUCUGUCGUUGUCGUCAUGCAUCGUCUGCUGAGAGAUGACAGUGUCUGGUUCCAGUUUGUCGUACCUGAUGCAGACCUCAUCAUCCUGGAGUGGCGCGACGCUCGCUUCUACUACGUUUACCGCCUCCAAAAACCUCAUCCACAUCCCAAAUUGAAUACAGCCGUGCCCGAUGCCUCCAAAUACAUAAAAGAAACUUGGGUGUAUAUUGUCGACACCUCACCUGAACACCAAAAACAGAGGUUUGACUUUGAAGAAACUUUGUCAGUUCCAAUUGGUCCUGACUUGCUAAUGGAUGAAAUUGGGGCAAUCAGGCUCCUAAAAGCAGCCGCUCGUCUCGCAAGGUUUUCGUACUCAGGAGGAGAACUAUAUUUGUGA